CGCCAAGAAUGCUAAUAACGAAAAUUCGCAUUGUGAAGGUUGAAUUUGACUAUUAAUUGCGUUUCUUUGGAAGUUCGCUUAUUCAGAGUGAGAAAAAAAUAAAACGAAUCGUAUCUCUAUCUAUUAGUAACACAACAAAAUUUUUACUUAGAACUUACUAUGCUUGUUCGGUUCAUCUGAUAGCAAAAUUAGCUGCAAGCAACAGCAAAACGAUCGUUACGUGUUUAUAAGUUAACCCAAAAACAAAUCGAGUGAAAUCAAUAGAGCUUCCAUAAUGGACAACAAGGAUAUUGCAGAAACUUCAGCUUUGACUGAGUCAACAUCAAACCCAAGAACUAAGCGACGAUCUUCUUCACGAAGAGCCUCAUUCAAUCCGCGACAAUCUCUUGCUUCCUGUGAGAUUUUCUGUGGCAGUCCCGCUGCUUUGAAGAUUUACAAGAAUAUGAGAGAGGCUAUGAAGGGACGAUUCGAAGCCGCUAAGAAACUUAUAUCGGAAGCCGAGUCAGAAUUAGGUCUUGAAUCAAAUAAGCAGCUGGCGGAACUGUAUAGGCAGAUGAAGUCCCUUGAGCUCUCUUUUGGCACGGAAGGCGAUGUGCUGGAGGAAGAGCUGCUAUUCAUACUUGCUGACCUAACGAAUCGUGCUGAUGAGCCGUUGGAGCAAAAUCCAUUCAAAAAGGCUCGACUUGACAACCAACCACCUGGUUGCCUUAUCUCACCGGUAACUGAGAUCGCAAAACGGCUUGACGAAUGGAGCACAUCGGACGGCGUGCAAGAAAUUCAACGGCAAAUAACCCUGGAUCCAUUAGAGGGACUCCAUAAAACCGUUAGCGCGGACUCAGGGAAAAACACUUUACUGCACACAGGGCCAGAUACUUUCGAACGGGAACAAGCCCUCAUACAGAAAGCAAAAAGUGAUAAUGCAAAGCUUGCAGCUGAACAAAAAGAAACUUUGCUUAAAAGAAGAACUCAGCGACUGAAUGCGCUACCCAGCCACGUGAUUACCGUUGAAAGACUGGCAAAGUUCUUAGCCGGAACCGUUAUGUAGAUGUGGCUGAAAGAUACCGCCUGACAAACAACUAAAAUAUAACACCUAAUUAGCUUUAUAUAUACGCAUAUGAUACUGUUUACGGUCCUACUCAGAACACAGCUUUGCACUCCUCUACUUUGUCGAUCACACCCUAGUAAAAUGGCUUCUAAGUAUAAAGGUCUCAUUGCAAUAAGGUCUCUGUAUUGCAAUUCAAUAAAUACGUGAUUCAUUUGGUUUCAUUUAGUAUGUAUCGGUGAAACAGCGAAUUUGAUUCAUCAAGCUGGCUGUCGGUGAGCUUCAAAUAAUACGUUUUGUGCUUAUCACAUAUUUUCCACAAAGAGCGGGACCUCUGAGGAUCCUUGUUUUCCGUCAAACUGUUGCUAAUAAUAAUGCUGGAGCCGUUUUAUAUGUCUGUACAUAAUAUUAGUACAUCAUACUGGCUUGAGAUAAAAGCAGAAUUAUUCAUUUAUGAAAUUUUCGAAUAAUUUUCUAUGAGUAAAUAUGCUAUGAUAAUACAAUUGGACUGUCGUUGUUAUAUUGUAGUCAACAUUUGCUUAUAAGGACUAGAUUAUAAAAAGAUCAAAGCUUAUUUUGAUCAACUGACUGAUUUAAAUAUGCAUUGACAUUUGUAUAUGAGUACGCAUUAUUUAUACCAUGUGAUACUCGUAUUACAUAUACGAAUUGGUAGCAAAUAAUGAGAUAUGUUAAAAAGGCCACAAUAUUAACUAAG